UUCAUCCCUUAAAACAGGGGGACGAAACACAAAGUACAAAAGUUUUGACGCAGGGUUGAAAGGAGGAAGGCUGUCGUGUCCCCCGCCCCCUAUAACCACAAGGCUGUUUGAGUUUUCUUUGUGUCCACUUCCAAACAAACUUUACAGUUAGAGGAUCGUUACUCAUCGCGCUCGUGGUGCUGUAAGUGCCUUCAGAUUAGCGCUUGGCCACAAAGGCGAGGAACAUGCUUUCGGAUCUAAGGCUCCUGCGCCGUCUGUGAAGAAGUUCAUAGCAAAGCAGUGUCUGUUCAGUUGCGAUUUGCCAGUCGGCGGUGUGGCCGGAGAGUGUUUUGCAUUCAAAGACCAUUAAAUGCUCCGAAGUGGAGGGUUGGAGGGGAGCAGUGCGCAUGUUCAGUACUCCAGAGUUGUGCUGUUUUCCCCCUACUAUGCAUUCCUGCGGCUCUGUAGUAAAGCAGCCUCUCUCAUUGUUAAUGCCCUUGGAGCAAUUAAUGCAUAUGUAGUUAGUGAAAUCACUGGGCUGCUGCAGACAUGGUGUGUACUAAUAUGGUUCGUAGUCCUCGUCAGAAGUUUUUUUUUGGACGUGCCGCUGGGCUAAGAGGAGCGCACACAAAGGGGACUGAGCCACAAAGGCGAAGUUUAAAGAGCAGGCAGGGUGGUGUUGGGGAGCGCGUUGUCCCGCGGGAGCCGAGGGGGGCCAGGUCCCAGCACAGCCGAGCGCAGCCCCCCGUGCCCAGAGACAGCGGCAGCGCUGGCUUUUAAAUGUUUCACGCGUCUUAGGUAGGUCGAGAUUCUUCACCCUCUAUUGGAAGCAGUUUGUGGUUUGUUUCCCCCCGCUCUUUUAUAGUUUCGCUGAAUUAAUUUAGCCCAGUUAUUUUUAGGACAUUCCUAUGCUGCCUAUUUGCACAGCAGUGGUGAGCUGGUUUCCUGUCUGCUGUUGCUUCCAUUGUUCAGACUUCUCUCCCCGAGGGCAGCUGCUGGUUGGUGAAAUACCAAACUCCCUGCACUUUCAACUGUUGUUCUUGCCACCCCCGAAAUAAAUGCGUGUGGAAAACGCUGACGUAGUUUCUAGGUAUGCAUGUGUAGGGCUUUGUGUGUAAGAGAGUGUGUGUAAGCUCUGCUUUGAGGAUUGCAAAUCCUGGGCUGAAACAAUGGAAACAAUGAAAGGUGACAGGCGAGAGGGAGAACUUUUGAGAGAGGCCAUGGGCCUGGGGUUUGCGUGGCACAAAUUAAAAGGUGUAGUUGCAAUAUCAGGCAGUGAAACGGAGGAUGAUGACACUAUGGAUGUCCCACUGGAUCUUUCCUCAUCUGCUGGCUCGGGCAAACGGCGGAGACGUGGCAACCUGCCCAAGGAGUCUGUGCAGAUUCUUCGGGACUGGCUCUAUGAGCACCGAUACAAUGCUUACCCUUCAGAGCAAGAGAAAGCGCUGUUAUCCCGACAAACACACCUUUCCACACUACAGGUCUGCAACUGGUUUAUCAAUGCACGCCGCAGGCUGUUACCUGACAUGCUGAGGAAGGAUGGCAAAGACCCAAAUCAGUUCACUAUCUCGCGGCGAGGGACCAAGCUUCCCGAGGGCGGCCUGGUGGAGUCUGCCAUCAGCACAAAGAACUACAUUCCCCUGCUGGAGGAGACUGCCUUCCUUCCCGCUGCCGCACCGCUCGGCAAGACUGUGUCCUCUUCCAAGCCGGCUUCCCCGGGGUCGGUCCUGGCUCGGCCGUCGGUGAUUUGCCACACGACUGUGACUGCGUUGAAAGAUGGCCCUUUCCACUUUUGCCAACCAGCUGAUGUAGGCCAGACCACGGACCUGCAGCAGCCCCCGGCUGGCGGCUUCACAGAUAACCCCCUCUCCUGCCAUGAGGACGCAUCCAAACUGGGACCUGGUGCAAACACACAAAGUGGGCUCUUUAACACUCCUCCUCCAACACCACCAGACCUUAACCAGGAUUUUAGUGGAUUUCAGCUUCUGGUGGAUGUUGCACUCAAAAGGGCGGCAGAGAUGGAGUUGCAGGCGAAACUUAUGGCCUAAAUCCCCUUCCUUCUCCUUCUCCGUUUUGUUCUACCAGGCAGGGAUCUAACAGCUGUGUGGUUAUUGCCACCCACACGAUAUCAAAAGACUUCACUGCAUUAUUAUUAUUUUUUUUAUUAAUCUUAUUUGCACAAGGGGAUUGCUGAAAUGAAGCUUCCUGUCACUGAGAUGGUCUUCAGUGGAAUACGGUCAUUCCAAGAUUUACGAACUUAAAGCUACUGUAGAAAGAAAGGAUUGUGUGUUUUGUUGGGAUUUUUUUUUAAUGUUUUCUUUGUAGAUUUUUCAUAAUGUGAGAUGUUUCCCAAGAUCAUGUGAUUUGUUUUGUUUCUUUCAGACUGUGCAAUAUCUAGUAAUGAUAUAGAGUCUUCUUAUCAUUCCCAUGUGAAACGGAAUAUACCGACACGCUGUCUAAAUUUUCAAUUUUUUUAACAAUACAAACUUUGGAUGAUCAUGCUUUUUUCCCAUAAUAUAAUAAAAUAUUUUCUUUAAAAGUCAUGCAUGCAGAGUAUUUUGUUGAGUACAAGCUUUGCAGAAAACAUGAAUUACCUUUGAAAUAAAUGGAAGUGAGAAAUAUUUUUGAGCUCAUACUGACUUUGUUUGGUUUAGAGAGCCAUGCUAGCCGUUGUUGUUAACCAGAUGUUUAAAAGAAUGCUGAAAAGUGGGCCAGGAGUACCUGAUGGUGUUCUGCUAUGUUGAAAUUCUUUUAAGGGGCCAAUGGGAGCUAUGUAGGCAAUUCUGACUAAAUUUCAGAGGGAAACCUUGGGCCCCUCUAAGAGUUCCAGCUCUUGGCUACUUGAAAUAUUUUAAGGCUAGGAAAUGUGAUGGCUCAUGGGGAAGAUCUGAAGAUAAAAGGAAGAGGCCAAAAGAGGGGCUGGGACAAGUGUUCUUUGCAGAUCUUUGAGAUGCAGCUCCUAGACAUGACUGGUGACAAAUUUUGAUAGGGGAGGGCAAGGGCUUCUACCCUUACUUGGACUAGAUUGACAAGGUUUUUGUUCAGUAAUUCUAGUAGACUGAAAUAAAGUAGGCUGUAUUGCAUUGAAAUCUGAGUUCUGGGAGCCAGGUCUUUGUGAGAUACUUUAACAGGUGGUUGGCUAAGAUUUAGAAGUGAUCCCUGUUGUAUUGGGGUGUAUUUUUGCCAACAGAAUCUAAGUUACCUUUCAGAAAAGGACUUUGCCAUCAGAAUGACUUAUUACUGAAAAAUGUGAAGACUCGCAGGUCACAUUUCAACUUACUUGAAUGUCAGUCGCCCACCCUUAUCCUUCCAACAACAGUGAAAUAAGAGACCUCCAGGGUAAAAAAUUGGUUCUGGCUAAUCUUUAAAAACAAACCAGUUGUCUGUUUGGGAGAUUGGGGGAGGGCUUUAAGGAACAGAAGAGUUGGUGAAUUUAAGGGUAUCAUUAUGAGUAGAAAGAAGACUACAGUAUUUUGACUGCUAUUCUGUUUUUGCUGUGGCCUUUAUCACUUUCUAGUGUCAAAUACUCUGUUUUCUGGAGUGCUCUUUGGAAUUCUUCUGAACUUGUGCCUUUCUUGAACCUUCAUGUUUAAAAUCAAAGUGGCAAGCAGUAAACACUGGCUUACUUAUGACUGCAUUGGUCAUCCUAAUAUACUGUAUCAAUAUAGAAUUAUUUUUAAAAAUAAUUUGGAAAUAAAGCUGGAAAAUAAUUUUGAACAUA